AUGGCGAGUAACUUGACUACUGCGCUCAACAAUACUACGGGACUUCCUGUCGCCGGCAAGCUAGAGACUGACAGCCCCUCGAGUGUCGCCUCUAGCCAGACAAACCUCGGCCAGGCUGGUACUGGCAAGCGAGGAACAACUUGGGCUGCGAGUGGGCUGAAACAAAGUCACUACCGGCCAGUCGAUUCAUACGAAGGUCUUCAUCGUUAUGAUCCCGACUUCGAGUGGGAGCCUGAGGAGGAAAGACGGGUGAUUCGAAAGAUCGACAAGCGCAUCUGCACUUUUGUGUGUCUAAUGUUCUUUGCGCUUCAACUAGACAGAGGCAACAUCAGCCAAGCACUGUCGGACAAUCUUCUGGACGAUCUCGGCAUGAGUACUAACGAGUACAACUAUGGUCAAACAAUCUUCUUUGUCUGCUUUCUCUGCGCCGAGCUACCCUCGCAGUUGAUUUCCAAGAAGAUUGGGCCAGACAAUUGGAUUCCGAUUCAAAUGGUAUCGUGGAGUCUCGUUGCUAGUAUGCAGGCCUUUUUGAGCGGCAGGAGCUCCUUCUAUGCUUGCCGUGCUCUUCUCGGCCUGAUUGAAGGUGGUUUCAUCCCUGACAAUAUUCUAUACUUAAGCUACUUCUACACUGGCUUCGAACUUCCUGCUCGUCUCAGCUGGUUCUGGGUGUCUUAUCAGUCCACUCAGAUCAUAUCGGCAUUCCUCGCAUUUGGUAUCUUGCGCCUCGGUGGCCGCAAUGGUAUGGAAGGAUGGAGAUGGUUGUUUGCGCUCGAAGGAAUGCUAACAGGACUGAUCGGUGUUGCGGCCUGGUUUUAUUUGCCUCCAUCACCUACACAGUCUGCAACAACAAGCAAACUUAACCCCUUUCGCGGCGAGGAAGGUUGGUUCGAUGAGCGAGAGGAGAAAAUUAUGGUCAACCGGGUCCUCCGAGAUGACCCCUCUAAAGGCGACAUGCACAAUCGUCAAGGUCUCUCUCUACCUAUGCUAUGGGAGUGCCUCAAGGACUAUCACAUGUGGCCGAUAUAUCUGAUUGGACUUUCCUGGAGUAUCCCAUUCGCCCCAGUCCAAUCUUACCUUACCCUCCAAUUGCGGUCACUUGGGUUCGGGACAUUCGAUACCAACCUACUCACUAUUCCAGCUUAUGUCAUCUUCAUCAUCCAGCUCUUGUUCUGGACUUGGGUGUCCGAAAAGGUCAAUGAUCGCUUUCUUGUCGGCCUCGUCUCACAGAUCUGGGCCCUUCCUCUGCUUAUCGCACUGGAGUGCGUGUCGUCGAACACUUCACCAUGGGCCCGCUGGGUUCUGGCUAUUCUAGUGGUUGGACAUCCCUACGUCCAUGCUAUUCUUGUUGCCAUCACCUCCCGCAAUGCGGGCACGGUCCGAACGCGCACUGUUGCCUCUGCAUUGUACAAUAUGACAGUACAGGCAAGUAGCAUCAUCAGCCAAAAUAUCUACCGCACAGACGAUAAACCACUUUAUCGAAGAGGCAACAAAGUACUGAUCGCAAUUUGCGCCUACAACUUUGCACUGUUCAUCGGGGCGAAGAUCUUUUACAUGGCGGUCAAUAAGAAAAGAGAAGGAGUUUGGAACAGUAUGUCGACCGAAGACAAGGAAACGUACCUAAGAACGACUAAGGAUCAGGGAAACAAGCGUCUGGAUUUUAGGUUCGCACAUUGA